UUAUAUUUAUAUUCCACUAUUAGCAGGAGGCACCCCUAGUCAUGUCUACAAUAAGCAUACAAGCUACUGCGGUAGUAACUGGAUCCUUUCUCUCGGGUGCGAUGAUGUCUCUAUCCCUUUUCGCUGUUCCUGUCCUUCUCGAUACUACGACUGAGGCUCCCCAGCUGUUUUUUCAGUGGGUCCGUAUGUACCACUACGGACACAUGGCCCUACCUACCAUGGCAGUUGGAACGUUUUUGUUAUACUCCUACGCAGCUGUUAAAAAGAGGAGUUCCAAACAACCAUGGCGCCGUUUCUUGAUCGCAGGCAUUACUACCUUGACCAUGGUGCCUUUUACCUGGUUCGUUAUGGUGCCGACAAACAAUGAGCUCUUCCGCCUGCAGAGGAUUUCCCUUGCAGAUCCAACGGUCAUGCCUAUCUCUGAGGCUACGGAGCUAGUUACCAAGUGGAGUUGGAUGCACUUGACUAGGUCAUUUAUACCCCUCGCUGGGGCUGUUAUGGGAGCCAUGUGGACGUUUGCUGAAUAGCGAGGAUAGAUCGACAUGUGCGAAACUGGUAAACUUCCAUGACAUUGGCCCUGACGGUACCAAAUUGUAUAUAAAGUUGACAGCAAUUAUAUAUAUUUACAUAUAUAGAAUAGGCCGAACUCACAGUUAGCUUGUUGGAUGUCAAUGUAAGUUUAGUUUGGGGCUUUAGGGUUAAUUAGUGAUUUUAGCGUCGAUUUCAAUCCCGAGCUCCGAUCCCCGAUCUGCGAUUUUCAAUUGUCGACUUUCCAAAUCCAAUGAAUUGGCUCUUGAAUGCUACGAAAUACCCUUGUGCAGAUUACUUGGGUUUUCGAGAAGUAUAAUAUUACAGUAGUGAUUACUCUGUACUGCAGAAUAGGUAUCAAGACAUGGUUCAGGGCCGAGUUAGGGACAAGCCGGGAUGGAGAUGGCCCUGAGUCUA